AUGCAGCAGUUGGUGCCUGUUGGCCUGCUGCGCGAGGUGUGCAGAGAUAUCAUGGUGUCGUGGGGAGACCUAACGCUCUUUGGGUGUGCUGGGAAGCAGUACAACCUCACUGUGCCUGCCUGGCUGCACCCCGGUAACUUCGGGCAGUAUUUGGGACAAUGUAAAGCUCCCUCCGACUGGGACCCCAAGAUAUGGUUUUCCUGGAACCAGAGCAGCUAUGCCUUGAAUGACGUGGUGCAGCUGAGCUGUGUUGGGAACUAUGUGCCAUCGGUUGCCCAGAUCAGAUGCAUUUCCAAUGGAACCCAAACCUUCUGGAAUGAGACUGCCACCUGCAAGGGCAGGAACAAGAGUCCCAGCAAUGGGGGCUACACUGAGCCCUGUGCCUUCAUGGUUCCUGGUCAUGUAGUCAAAGUGGUGGGUGUGGAAGAUCCUCUUUGUGAAAGAUGUGCAAAAGGGGCGUCUUCAGAUGGGACGGAUGCUUGGGAGGUGAAGGACACUCAGGGAACAUGGCACAGCGUGUCAGAGAGCCUGACCUGCAAUAUCGAAACGUGCCAGAGGCCCUGGUGGGACCCAGGGCUCCGUCUGGCACCAGACCAGGAGAAUUACAAGAAGGAUGAAGAAGUGACUCUGAGCUGCAUCGAUGGUUUCCAGCCGUCCUUCACCACGGUCAAAUGUGCACGGGAAGUCCAGUCCAUCAGCCUUGGGAAACCUGUCUACCGGGACGUUUGGUGGGGAAGGGGCAGCAGAGGUGCCUGGAUUCGCAUUCGGUCCAGCGUGGAGUGUGUCGAUGUCCUCCAGGUUGUCUCUGAGACCUUGGAGAUUUCCAGCACCAGCAUCAAACUGAACUGGACCUGCAGGCUCCCUGAUGCCUGCCAGCACAUUCGGGCCAGGUGCCGGCUGGAAGAACCUUCCUCCCCUCCCUGUGAGGCUGAGGAGGUGAAGGGAGAGGAGAUGCUACACGGCCAGGAGGGAACCUUCACCUGCCCCCCCCUGCAGCCCUUCACUGUCUACAGUGUCACCAUCUCCCUGCCCCCCAGCACGAUUCUGUACACACGGCUCUUCAGGACAAAGGAAAUGGUGCCAGACAAACCGGAGAAGCUGUGGCUGGAUGCCAGCACAGGGUCCCUCAGGUGGAAGGCGCUGCCCUCCUGCAAAGGGGAGAUCCUCGGAUACCAGCUGAACAUCACGGCCCGGAGAGCGACUGAUGGCAGCUUCCUUGAAUUCAAGCAGGUGAUGGUGAACCAGUCUGUCACUCAGCACACACCAUCUCGUCAGAUUCCUGGAAGCAAGUACACGGUGACGGUGCAGGGCCUCACGGCAGCUGGUGCCGGGGCUGCAUCAUUGCUGGAAUUUCAGAGCUACAUCUCGG